AUGGCUGAUCAGCCAGUACAAGGAGAUCAUUGCACGUCCGAAAGCAGAAGAAAGGGCACAUCUGGCGGCCCUGGAAGGCCUACUUCUAACACGGAGGCGGCGGCAACGACAACCAAUACUAGUACAAACAGUACAGUAGUAGUAGGUGGUGCAGCUCCAUGUGGAGCCUGCAAGUUUCUGAGGAGGAAGUGCAUUAGUGGGUGCAUAUUUGCACCCCAUUUUGGUUCAGACCAAGGAGCUGCACGCUUUGCAGCGGUGCACAAGGUGUUUGGGGCAAGUAAUGUGUCAAAGCUUUUGUUGCACAUUCCCUUGAACCGCCGCCAAGAUGCCGUCGUCACCAUUUCUUAUGAGGCUCAAGCUAGGCUCGCUGAUCCCGUCUAUGGUUGUGUCUCAACCAUUCUUGCUUUGCAACAACAGGUUGCAUCUUUGCAAGCCGAGCUUGCAAUGGUGCAAACUCAGCUGAUAAACAGUAGAUUUGCAUUUGCAAAUGCCCUUCAGAUCAGCUCCCAGCAGCGGCAGCAGCAGCAGCAACAACAGCAACAACAUGAGCAGCAGCAGAACAUGGCUUUGAUGUUGCAGCCUGCCUACUCCAACAACUCCUCUGCUUCCACUAAUCUCAUCAACAUGUGCAGCUUCACCUCUAAUUUUGACCUUGCAGCCGACACUGCGCCAUCUUCACAAAGCUUGGACCCUCUUCAGCUUUCAAGGCCAUCCCAAGACGAUGAAGAUGACGAGGAAGAUAGUCAAGUUCCCCUCAUGUUCGCCAAUGAUCGAUACACUUGA